AUGGGGAAGCUUGAUAAAAUGUUGGACAUGUUGUGUUUUUCUUCAAGUUCAAACUCAUGUUUUUGUCUAAAUUCCAUAGAAUUUGAUGAUGAGUGUGAGAGUAAGCCUUUGAUAGCGAGUGGCAGGGAUGAUCAUAAAUUACUAAGAUUGAAGGAUGUUGUUUCUGGAAAACAAACUUUGAGUUUUCAGUUGAAACCUAAGAUGAAGUUUUUCUUCUCUUUUACUAUUAUAUUGAUGGUGUCCAUGCAUUGCCAUGGAUGUGCAAGAAAAGUUGAGAAACAUAUAUCAAAACUUGAAGGAGUGAACUCUUAUAAGGUAGAUCUAAACACUAAAAUGGUAGUUGUUUUUGGUGAUAUACCUCCUUUGGAAGUGUUACAAAGUGUAUCCAAAGUUAAAAAUGCACAGUUUUGGAAUUCUACAUGCAGCUAAUAAACAAGUAUUUUACGCACUAGCAGAUCGACCAAGACAAAUUAAAAGUUGACAGACAAACUCUGACAUUUUGUUAUUUUAUGAAGAGUAUAGGAGUAUGAUAUUAUUAUUAAUAUUUUGUGUAAUGCCAAUGAAAAUUGAUUCAACUCGUAAGAUUGAAGAUCACUCUUCAC